AUGAACCCUGCGGAUGCGCACGCGCAACGACAUCAACGUCUUCUACGAAACAUCGAGCUCAACGAUAACAUACAUGCGUCAAUUGCAAAUGAGAUAGCAAAAGACCCGGAUAAGUUUUCCCGCCAAACCAGAGCUAAUCAUUCCUACAAAAGAGAUACUGCUUCCCCCAAUGUCCAGAGAGCGCUACCCUCGAAAAGAAAACCAUUGCAUAGAUCAUCCCCUGGGCUGAUAAAAUCAGAAACACCAACUUUUCAUUCAUGGUCUCUCCCCACAGAUGCAGAGACCGCCAACGCUCUCAGUCCUUACCUGUCAUUCCCAAAAAUCGAUCCCUUUCGUGGAACAUACAAAAAGCAUGUUUUGAAGAUACGUUAUAAUCCAACGAAGUUCCUGAAUUUUGAUAACCUUAUCUCUAACUCGAGUGUGGACCCUGACCGGUACGAAAUUGACUUCAACGUUCAUGAAACACAAACGCUUUUCAAUAAAAUAGACAACGAUCACUCUAUGCCGUAUCGGUGCGCCAUUGCUGACAAGAAUGAUUUCACCACACACAACACUACGCCCUCAAUACAAGAUCGUGAAUUUUUCCAGGCACUAUUGUACAACGCAAGCCCUGCGUCGUAUUACAACGGGAAUUUACUCUUGGCCUUCACAGAAGCUGAAGAUAAAGAGUUGCAGCAUUCAAAAAAACCAAAAGUCAAAAGAGAGGCCGCAAGGAUCGAAUACGUUCACCUUCGUGGCUACGAAAUAAAGACGUGGUAUACAGCACCAUACCCAGAAGAGUUUAAUAAAAAUAAAAUUCUUUACAUUUGCGAGUAUUGUUUGAAAUACAUGAAAUCAAGAUACGUUUUCCAUCGUCAUCAACUGAAGUGUUCUUUACGGCAUCCCCCCGGAAAUGAAAUCUAUAGAGAUGGGAAAAUAUCAAUUUGGGAGAUUGAUGGGCGCGAGAACGUCAUAUAUUGCCAAAGUUUGUGUUUGUUGGCAAAGCUUUUCCUAAACUCCAAGACGCUGUAUUAUGAUGUGGAACCUUUCAUAUUCUACGUCCUGACCGAGCGAGAGGACGUAGGGGGUCAAAGUCAUUUUCAUUUCGUUGGGUAUUUCUCGAAAGAAAAGCUUACCUCAACGGACUAUAACCUCAGUUGUAUUCUUACGUUACCCAUAUAUCAAAGGCGAGGUUAUGGUCAUUUUUUAGUUGAUUUUUCAUAUCUUCUCACUAGAAGAGAAUACAAGUGGGGAACACCAGAAAAGCCGUUUUCUGAUUUGGGUUUACUGUCAUACAGAAAUUAUUGGAGAAUCAAACUGUGCCAAGUAAUCGGUUCUUUGAAAAAAGAUAUUCUGAAUGCGCAAAAAAAUGGAUUGAUGUUCCAAUUCAGUUUAGAAGACCUUUCCAAUCUCACAGGAAUGAUACCGACAGAUGUAGUUUUUGGUCUUGAGCAGCUCAGAAUACUUUAUCAGUUUGAAAAAGAUAAUAAAACAAGAUACGUCAUAAAAAUCAGCGACUGGUCGCUAAUAGACAAUAUCAUACGGGUUUCCAACGCUAAGAACCUGAAUUCUCUACGUCCUGAAAAAUUGGUUUGGAAGCCAAUGAUCUUCGGUCCCUCCUGCGGCAUUAACGCAAUGGGAACGAUGGUGGAGACCACUGGCGCAACGCGAACUACAAAAUCGGGCCGAAGAAAUGGUAUUGACAAUUUCAAAAACAGUAUUUCGGUAUUAGUUAAUUUUUUGCAGGACGACAUUGCUGAUCCAAAAAGUAUGGAAGAAACAACAUCAGAAAAAAUCCGAUCUCAACAAAUCGCUGAAAUUGAUCCCAAAUUUCUGACCGAUGUUAACUCAAAGUACGCCGGAAACGCCAGUACAUCUUUAAAAAUUGCGGAUGAAAUCAUCCAUUUACAGGCUAAGAAAACAAAUCGGAAUAACGGGCGCGUACCAGCUGAAGGACGUGAUGGUCAGGAUAGAGACAUAGUAAACUUUGAAGAAGGAGAAGAAGAAAGAAAAGAAGAGAGCGGAAAUGGAUCACAGAUAGUUGAUCUAGUUAAUGAUGAUUUUAAUUAUGAAGACGCCAAAUUCACAGGCGUCUCCGAUGGUGAUGGCGACCACCUCGAGGAUGAGUCAUCUGAUUCCGAUGCUUGUGUCAAGAAAAGCCGAAGAGGACGGGUCCUGAAGAAAAUAUUUGAUAGUGGUGAUGACACUGAUGAGGAGCGUGUAACUAGAAGGCAACUAAGAAGCAGAAAUGUUCCUGCUGAAUUGUAA